AUGGCAGCUUCGCUCAAACGAAAAGGGGAUGAUUUCGAGCUCCCAGAAGCGAAAAAGAGAUUGGACGAAAAUUUAAACAAAGAGAUUUCCGAACUGACAAUUUUAGAGAAAGACAUGUCCGCCGGAGAAGCCAAGAUCGGAAAGCCCGCCCCUGCCUUCAAGACCAAUGCUUUGGUCAACGGCGAAUUCAAGGAAGUCUCUCUCAGCGACUACAAGGGCAAGUACGUCGUCCUCUUCUUCUACCCCCUUGACUUCACUUUCGUCUGCCCAACCGAAAUCAUCGCCUUUUCCGAAGCUGCUGCUGCUUUUGAGAAGAACAACUGCGCCGUCAUCGCCGCCUCCACCGAUUCUGUCUUCUCUCACUUGGCCUGGACCGAGCGAUCGCGAAAGCAGGGCGGUCUUGGCGAGAUGAAGAUCCCCAUCCUUGCCGACACCACUCACGCCGUCGCCAAGGCUUACGGCUGCCUCAAGGAAGACGAAGGCAUUGCUUUCCGAGGCCUUUACAUCAUCGACGCUAAAGGCAUCCUUCGACAGAUCACCAUCAACGACCUUCCAGUCGGCCGAUCCGUCGACGAGACCCUCCGACUCGUCCAGGCCUUCCAGUUCACCGAUGAGCACGGCGAAGUCUGCCCCGCCGGCUGGAAGCCAGGCAGCUCCACGAUGAAGCCCGACCCCAAGGGAUCUCUUGAUUACUUCAACAAAGAGUAA